GCCGCCAUGGAGGCGGACGGGACCUACGAGCCGGGAUUCGUGGGGAUCCGGUUCUGCCAGGAGUGCAACAACAUGCUGUACCCCAAGGAGGACAAAGAAAACCGGAUCCUGCUCUACGCCUGCCGCAAUUGCGACUACCAGCAAGAGGCCGACAACAGUUGCAUCUACGUCAACAAGAUCACGCACGAAGUGGACGAGCUCACGCAGAUCAUCGCCGACGUCUCCCAGGACCCCACGCUGCCCCGCACCGAGGACCAUCCCUGCCAGAAGUGCGGGCACAAAGAAGCCGUUUUCUUCCAAUCGCACAGCGCCAGAGCCGAGGACGCCAUGAGGCUUUACUACGUCUGCACCGCCCCGCACUGCGGCCACCGCUGGACCGAGUGACGGCGCCCGGAGACGCUCUCCGAACCCCCAAAAUCACCCCAAAACCUCCCGCCCUGCGGGGGCCCCCCCCCCAAUCUUGGGUCUGCGCCCCCGCCGGGGUGGCGUUUUGGGGGUAAUAAUGGGUAUUUUUGGCAA